AAAGGUAAGAAAAUAUCUCCACUCUCUCUCUCUCUCUCUCUCUUCUCUCUCUCUCUCUGAUAAAACACACGCAGACAACGCAAAAGCAGAGCAGAGACGUGUAGAGAGAGAGAGAGAGAGAGAGAGAGAGAGAGAGAGAGGGGUUGAAGGAAAUGAAGUCUCUCUGUUUCCUUGUAGAGAGGGAAAGCAUGUAAAGGGCUGGCUUUGGUUUUUUAUAUUAGAGAAAGCUUGAGUCUUUUGAAGUCUUAGAAGGUGGAAGAGUGUGAGCUAGGUAUGCAGUGUAAAGAUAGAGCAAGUUCACGAGCUGUUUUUCUGCAACUCUUACAGAACCCAUUUGUGUUGGUGGGUGGGUGGGUGAGGUUUUCGCAAGCUUAGACCCAUCUUUAGUCUCUUUCUUCGCCAUCCAAUUAAUCCUGUGGUACACGUGCCCCUUAUUCAUCAACCUACUCUCCCUUCGAUCUCUCUCUAUCUGGACUUCCUCUGAUGAUGACGACGAUAAUGUGAGCGAUUGUCUUGAGCUUUUUAUUUUGGUGGGUUUUGCCUUUUCUUUUUAGUAGAGGUUGAGAAUAUAGAGAAUGGAUCGAUCUGCAGUCACCGUAGGUCCAAGUAUGGAUAUGCCGAUUAUGCACGAUAGUGAUCGUUACGAACUGGUGCGAGAUAUUGGGUCUGGGAAUUUUGGGGUGGCGAGGUUGAUGAGAGAUAAGCAGACCAACGAGCUUGUUGCCGUCAAGUAUAUCGAGAGAGGUGAGAAGAUAGAUGAAAAUGUACAAAGGGAAAUUAUUAACCACAGGUCAUUGAGGCAUCCUAACAUUGUCAGAUUCAAAGAGGUCAUAUUAACACCAACACACCUUGCUAUUGUGAUGGAGUAUGCAUCUGGUGGAGAACUUUUUGAGCGGAUUUGCAAUGCAGGCCGCUUCAGUGAGGAUGAGGCUCGAUUUUUCUUCCAACAACUUAUAUCAGGAGUUAGCUACUGUCAUGCAAUGCAAGUAUGCCACCGUGACUUAAAAUUGGAGAAUACAUUGUUGGAUGGAAGCCCAGCACCUCGUCUGAAGAUUUGUGACUUUGGUUACUCUAAGUCAUCGGUUCUCCAUUCACAACCAAAAUCUGCUGUUGGAACUCCUGCAUAUAUUGCACCUGAAGUGUUACUUAAGAAGGAAUAUGAUGGCAAGAUUGCAGAUGUAUGGUCUUGUGGGGUAACUUUGUAUGUAAUGUUGGUGGGAGCAUAUCCUUUUGAGGACCCGGACGAGCCUAAGAAUUUUCACAAGACAAUACUUCGAAUUUUGAAAGUCCAGUACUCAAUUCCUGACUAUGUUCAUAUAUCUCCUGAGUGCCAGUAUCUGAUUUCAAGAAUAUUUGUGGCUGACCCUGCAAAGAGGAUAAGCAUUCCUGAGAUUAGGAAUCACGAGUGGUUUCUGAAGAAUCUUCCAGCAGAUCUCAUGGAUGAAAAUGCAAUGAACAACCAGUUUGAAGAGCCUGAUCAGCCCAUGCAGAGCAUCGAUGAAAUCAUGCAGAUAAUAUCUGAAGCCACCAUCCCAGCAGCCGGUGCCCGUAGUCUCAAUCAAUAUCUGACUGGAAGCCUGGACAUUGAUGAUGAGAUGGACGAGGAUCUAGAGACUGAUCCUGAGCUUGACAUGGAUAGUAGUGGAGAGAUAGUAUAUGCCAUGUGAAUGGAGGACAGAACCUGCACCAUUUCUUUGGCAAUUAUAGUUAGAAAUUUGUGAUAUGAGCUGAGAAUCAAUGCACAAGAAUCCUGUCAUUUAUCACCUCUAAUGGAAUGAGUAUACUCCUGCAAUGUGGUUGCUACUUCAUAGUGGCAUAUGGACUGUUGUGCUCGCUUUGUAACAUGGUAAUGUAAUAAAGACAAGUCUUAGUCUGUGCUUAA